UGCAAUGCAGUAAAUGUAGGUUUGUUUUGGGGAUUGAGAGCCACUUUCGGUUUUAGUGUGGUUCUGGUUUGUUGCUCGCUGCAUUGAGGCUGUGCUCGUAAUUGCAUUUCCAAUAAGAUUUAAGAAUGAAUAACUAUUACAGUAUUGCAAUAAUUGUAUUAGUAUUUUUACUUUCUGAAGUAAAUAUAGGUAAUAGCAUAGAAUGUUAUAACUGUCGUUCUGAAACAGAUCCUGACUGUACAGGUGAAGCUCCUGACCAAAAGUACUUGACAAAUUGCAGUACUUUAAAAGAAGGUCCAAAAUAUAUAGCUUGCAGAAAGAUUGAGAAUUAUGUAGAUUUUGCUGUUCUUGGACAGCAACCAACCAGGCGAAUUAUUCGCCAGUGUGCUGCUGAUGUAGACCGUGAUCGACCAUGCUACUACCGAGCUGGCUUUGGAGGCCGUGCCAAUGUGUGCGAUUGUUUUGAGAGCAAAUGCAACCAUGCUUCCACAGUUGUUAACUCGAUCUUUAUCACUCUUUUGGGUGCUGCUGCACUCGCCAUAUUUCUGUGAUAUUUUUGAGGAGAGAUAUAUUUGUAGAAAUCCCGUCAAACACAAAUGUCACCCAGUAAUCUACUAAAAAGAAUAUUUGUGCAUCUUUUAUACUGAGCAAGUGAAACAUGGUUUUGUAGAACAAAGUUAUUGCUUAAUCAUUGUUAGGCUUUUUCUUUGUUCUACUGCAUGUUUUGUGCAAUAUUUCUGCUACAGACUUUUAAUUUUAUGGUCAUUAGGUUGAAUCAUGUCCCCAGAUAUUCUUUUUUGAAAAUAGAUUAUUCAUUUGUGCGGAAAUUUAUCCAAUGAGAAGUUUUAAAAAUCUAUCCAUAAAAAUAGUUUUAUUUAUAAAUUAAGUACAUUUGUAAACUUUUCCAUCAUAAAUUUGUCACUUGUAAAACUACAACAUUUUUAAGGAAAGAUUGUUUUUAUUUUUAGACUUUUUCUGCUUUCUGAUAAUGCUUUUAAAGAAAAAUUCCAAUAUAGUUUCACUUUCAUAUUAAUUUGGAAGUUAAAGAAACUGAAGGAAAUUCUAAGAAUUCAUUCUUCUUGAAAUUUUUACUUUUUAUUUUAAUCUUAAAGUGAUUUAAGUGAAUGAGAUUUACUUAAAUAUUUAUUAUUUCCAUCACUUAUAUAUUUGUAAAAUGAAUAAGUAUACAGAUAUAUAAAAGCUAAUAUAUAUGCAAGUAAUAAAAAAUUAUUGCUUGUGCGUAUACCAUCUUUUGUAAUAAACUUUUAAAAUAUAAGCAACUUAAUUUGUUUCUUUAAGUAUGUUUCAGUUUCACAAAAAUGUGAUAUGAAAUUAUUUGCAGUAGUUUUUCCGAUUAAACCUAUUGACUAUAAAAUGCUGCCAGGAAAUUAAGCUCAUUUUGAUUGGAAUACUCAAAUCUGGCAAUCAGUUUGAGUUGAAUUCUGAAUUUUUUUUUAAAGUAAAUUUUUCCAUUAGACAAUAGUGUAGAGGCUGAAAGGCUUAUAAAUACAGUAUAAUGCUUUAAAUAUUGUGUAGAUAUAUUUUCUCCUUUUUAAAAAAACCAAAUUUUUAUUGUAUACUGUUUAGUUUGGUAGCAUUAGUUUUAGUACAUGAGGCUAUAGAUUGCACAAAUUAAAUAUUAUGUUUGUUAAUAAGUUUUUCAAUUUAUUGUAUUAAGCAUUCUUUAUAAUGGAAAUGCUGCAUGUUUACAGACAAAACACAGAGUAAAUGGUUAUAUUAAAAUGUGUUGAAUAUAUUUUCACUUGUAAUAGUAUUUCUUUCUCAUGUAAAAAUCUUAUAGCCUGUAAGUGUAUGUCUGUGAAAAUCAUAACAUUUUGCAUCGUUAGGGAAAGAUUAAGAAGUGUAACUUCAUUUGUCAGUUGAUUGAAUGGGAUCAUUAUCAUGUUUUCAGUGAAGAAAGUUGAGGCUUAUGCACUCAUUGAAUUGUUACUUAUUGUUACGGUUGUUACUUAUUAUCUUUGGUUGUGCUCCCUGGAUAUCCCUCCUUCAUAAAAUGUAUACUAUGCAUUCACAUGUUAAUAAUUUGCCUUGACACACAGAAAUAAAAUUAACUAUUUUUGAAAUUUUUUUUUUACAGAAAAUUGUAUGAAAACAUAAUCAUAUAUUUUUUUUUGUGUGUCUGUCCAAUCCAAUUUUCCAAAUUUUAUGCUAAAAUUAUCAGUUCUUUUUCAAAAAGAAAUGAUUUUUAUUAGAAUAAUUAUACUGAAUUAUAACUUUUUAUGAUCAUAAAGACUAUUAUGAAAUAUAAGAAAUACGUGUUUAUGGAAAUAAAGUUUUAUUCAGGAAAUUCAACCAUGACCAAAUUUUUUUUCUUUUGUACGUAAUACGAGAACUUAUUUAAAUUUGUUAUAAAAUUCUUUGCCGUGAUGUUAUAAGUUCUAUAUUUUGUCAGCAUAUUGACAUUCCAUGUUUUUAAUAUACUCAUUUAUUUUUGGUAUUUUCCCCACAAGUAUACAUUUGUUACAUUCCUUUCUUGGAAAAAAAUCAGAUCAUUGCAGUUUAAUGUUUCCCUUUUUUUUUUCUAGGAAGGUAUAAAAUUGCCUUUAUUUUUAUUAUUUUUUUGUUAAUAAUUUCAAAUUUUGUUUGUAUUAAAAAAAACCAGUGAAUUUGUUACUGUCAAAGCUUUUGAUACGUGUAUAGCUGCAGAAUUUCAAGAUGCAAGUUAAGUGUUAUAUUUCAUUUUGUAUUUCUACAAUGUGUAAUUUUUUAGAACAUACUUUUGAAGAGUUUUAUUUCCUCAAAGUACUUAGUAUUUUAGAAAUAAUGUACUUGUUGUUCAUUUUCUUUUUAACCUGUUUAUCUCGUACAUUUGGAGUUGAAAUUAACAUUUUUAAAUAUCAAGGUUAGUUUUGCAUUUAGAUAAUUACACUAAAUUCUGAUAUCAAAUGCAAAUAGUAUGAUUUCUGGUAAGUCAUAAUUGACUGCAAUCUGCAUUUCAUAUGUUUUCAUCUUUUUUUUCCUGGAAUUAUAUCUUUUAAUUUUUAUCAGUAUUUUGAUGCCGAUCUUUUGUUAAGUUUCUUGAGAUUUAUUUUGCCUGGUAAAAGUAUUAUGUGUACUAUAUUUUACUGUUUGUGAAAAGUGGCAUAAAAUUUUACUUGUAUUUAUUUUUAUGAAAUUUUUUUAAAGCUUGCCACUAAAGUAUUUUGUUUUUGUUUUUAUUUUUCCCUCCUCUAAGAAUUUUUAUAUUAGUUAUAAUUGUAAAAUACUUGUAAAGAUUUUAAAGCUUUUAUGGCCUUUUUCUUAUUUCUUAAAUUAGAUCAACUAUGGUCCAUGUAUAUUAAAUAGGUGCGAACAAAUUUUAUCUGUAAAUAAUAAGAAAAAAUAACUUUAUAUUGUUGAUAGUGAAUUUGGUUUAAAGUGAAAAAUUUUGCUUUACCAGUUUUUAAAAUAACCAGCUGAACAAAUUUUUUUUAUUUGUUUGGGGAUUUUUUAUUGUAUCUGCUACUCAUAAUUCUUGUUUCCCAUAUUUUUGUUGCUUUUUUGUUGUAUCUUAUUUACUAUCAUAAAAUUUGUAUCUGUUGCUGCUCUUUCAAAUAUUAUUUACUUCCUAUAGAACUGAAAAAAAAAAACCCUGAUGUUUUCUUGAGUAAAAUAUGCAUAUUGCAACGUAACAUCUUUUAACAUAAUAAAUUUAUAAAUAUUUACUAUAAAAAAUAUUUUGUCAGUUAUCUCCAUCUCAAACUCAAUGAGGAACCAUGUUAAAAUCCUUUCAGUGAUCAAAUCUUCAUUUAAAGGAAUUCAGUGCAUACUAUGGAAUGUUGAACAUUAGAUAUUCAUCUAAAAAUUUCUGUUAACUAUAUAUGUUAUGUAUUAGGUUAAUAUUAUAUUAACCAUUUUUAAUGGGCAUUAAAGAUUAGCAAUAUUUAAGAGGCAUUACUGAAUGGAAGAUAGAGAAUUAAAUUUAUUCUGCUUUGAAAGAAUGUUUUGUAAAUAUUUGUUAUUGCAAUUGAAAGCAUUAUAUUUAUUUUGAUAAAACACUUCAGUUUAACUAUUGAAAGUAGAGGUGCUGAAAUUUCUGUCUUGGACAUCUUUCUUGCUAUGACCAUUCUUUUGGUGUAUGCAAACUACAGAGUAAAGAAAAUUUGUUUAUUCGACUCUAUUGAUAAAUAUUUUUAAGUAGGCAGUAUGAAGUAUUGAAUACUGUAUGAAACAUUUAAAUUAUUGGUAUGUUGCUUAUCAUAAUAACUCAUAAGUUUUAAAAUUUAAGUUUGGAAAUAAAUUGUUUUGUAAUUAUGAGCUGAAAAAAUAACAUAAUAAGUUGGUAAAAUUUGUCCUUGCUCUCUAUGCUACCUGCAAAACCAACAGUUAACUUUAUUAUGCUCUCUAUUCACUCGAAGGAAUGUUAACCGACUCAACAGAAUAUUUAAAAGGCAAAACUGAUGGUGGGUAUUCUUUUUGCUGUCUGUUUUUCAAAACAUGAUGCAAUUGUGUUCUGCAUCUAUCUAUAUCAGGGGUUCCUGAAUUUAUGUUGUAUAUUGAUAUUUGAGUCGUUAGAAGAUCUUGAAUGUAACUUUUCAAUUUUCUAAAAUUAUAUUUUUGCUUGAAUUCUUCAUCAGGCCAUGUACUAAAAAUAUUUAUUGUAACACUUUGUAGAUUUUAAUAAACAAAGUGUUUAAAUAAUUUAACAAUUUUUCUUCAUGUUGCAUUUUUGAUUUGUAAAAUUUGUUUCGGAAUAAAGGGGUGUUGUUCAUUUUUGAAAAAAAAAAAAAAAAAAAAAAAAAAAAAUUGAUGGUAGUAUUUCAUUAUAGUCAUUUCGCAAAAAUGGGUUGUAAUGAUCAAAAGUUAAGGAACCUCUGAUCUAUAGUAUCCUCACAAGAAACCAGCAUGUUAUACAAUUGGCUGCCAGCAAUUAUUUCCUUUUAUUUUUAUUUUGUUACUAGAGAUUUUAUAAAAUGUGCCAAAUGGCUAUGUACUCUUGAUUCAGUCUAACUGCUAUUUUUUAUAGUGAUAGCCUGAGCUUUCAGAAGAACAUGGCUCAAAAACUUGGCUUUUUCAUGACUUUUUGCAUUUAUAUUUUUUUGAACUCAAAAUGCAUUUUCUCUUUAAUUAUGCCAUUUCAUGUGGCAUCUUAUUUUCGGGUAUGGUUAUUUUUAAUAGUGCUUUGUUUAAAAUUGGUUUUUAUGCUAUAAAAUUAUGUUGUAUGUGGUUUUAUUUAAACUAAAUAUCUAUUAUUGUGGUAUUUAUUAUAUUUUUGGACCAAAUAUGGAAUAAUGAUUUGUAGUAUGCUUUGAACUUUAGAUUUAGAUGGUAACAUUACAAUACUUUUGGUAGUUUUUAGUAUAAUUUUUCAUCUUGUAUGAGGAUUAUCAAAUCUUCGUUUAGAAAAUUUAAAAUAUAAUCUUCCUCCAUUUUUAGUAUAACUAUUAGUAAGAAAUGCCAGCUACUUUUAAUUUUCUUUAGUUACGAUAAUUAUCACUCAUGUUGCAUAGUUUGCAUCUCAGUGUCUUGUACAUAUCUGAUCCAUUGGUGAUUUAGAUAGGAGUUCACAUGUAGUAAAUAAGUUUAAAUUGUUGGAUCUCUUUAACUAUCAAAGGUUUUGACCAUAUGGUGAGUUGUUGCAAUAUUUAUAUAUGGUUUAAAAAAUGUUUUUGUUUUUUUGUCGACGUUUAUUUUGAUUUUAAGUGGUUCAGAAUUUGACUUUGCAACUGAGUUCUGUUUGCGGUUCACAUUUUGUUGUAAUCAUGUGUUUUUGCAGAAAUCAAUCUGAUUUGGUGUGCAAGCUAGAGUUGUAAUAUAAUUUGCUUAUUUAAACAUGAUAUUUGAUAGAAAUUUAUAUUAUUUUUGAGGAAAAAAAUUCCUGCAUUAAUUUUUAAUAGUAAUAUAAGAUAUUAACAUAAUUUAAAAUUCAUAUAAUUUUAAGUCUUAAAAUUGCUUUAAAAAUUAAAAUUACUUUAUAAAAUUCUAACAUUUUUGUAAAUUUUGAAAAAUUUGAUUUUGAUAAGCAUUGUUUAUAAAUACCUCCUCCCCUUCCCCUUUAAAAAUAUUUGAGAUAAUUUUAACUCUACUGAUUGCAACCUUUUGCUAAAGAUUGUGACUUAAUGGUGCUAAAUAUGUGCUGAGUUCCAGUGCUGAACACAAUGAAUUGUUUCUGUGAUAGUUUUGCAAUCCGAUGGAUAUUUGAGAAUUUGACACUGCUGCUCUUGCAUUAACACAUGAUUACAUAAUUUUUUUGCAAAUUAUUAUGCCAAUUUAACAUUGUUUGAUUUUAAGAAAAAUAGUUUUAAUCAUGUUUCCCAUGUCAGCUUUUUUAAUUUUUUUAAAAUGCAUAAAUCAUUCAUUUGCAUGAAUGUUUUGUACUUGAAUACCAAAUGUAUUACUACAUUGAGAUUAUUUUGAUUUAUAAAAUCUUUAUUGCAUGCACAACUUUAUUUUCUCUCCCUCAGCCAAAUACCUUUUUGUAAGUGACACCAACAUAUAAAAAUUGUUUUUGAAUGAUUUAAAUCUGUAAAUAUCUCUAUGAAGAAAAAAAAAUGCUUAUAAUGCUGAAACUGAUUAGUAAUAAAGUUAAUGUGUUGAAUGUGGA